UCCGUUUGGGUCGAUGGCUCGCCUCCUCUCCCCCCUCCCAAUCGCCACCACCGCCGCCGUAUUCCCCUCCCGCUUCCGCAUCCCCGCCGUCGCGCCGCGUCAGGCGCUCUUCGGCGGAAGAGUAGGGUUGAGGGUGCCCGCGAGACUGUCAACGAGGGGAGUGAGCGCCGGCGCGGAGGCGAGCGGGCCCGCAGCUCGAGCGGCCACGGUGAUCAGCCCUGAGGAGGCCGUGGAGUGGGUCAAGAAGGACCGGAGGCGCCUGCUCCACGUCGUCUACCGCGUCGGCGAUCUUGACAAGACUAUCAAGUUUUAUACGGAGUGCUUAGGGAUGAAGCUGCUGCGGAGAAGGGACAUCCCGGAGGAGAGGUACACCAACGCCUUUCUUGGGUACGGACCAGAGGACUCGCAUUUUGUUGUGGAGCUCACUUACAACUAUGGUGUCGAAAGUUACGAUAUUGGGUCUGGUUUUGGUCAUUUUGGAAUUGCUGUUGAGGAUGUCGAAAAAACAGUGGAACUUAUUAAAGCAAAGGGAGGAACAGUAACAAGGGAACCAGGUCCGGUAAAAGGUGGAAAGUCAGUCAUUGCCUUCAUUGAAGAUCCUGAUGGUUACAAAUUCGAGCUUAUAGAAAGAGGUCCCACACCUGAGCCUUUGUGCCAAGUAAUGCUUCGAGUGGGAGAUCUUGACCGUGCUAUAAGUUUCUAUGAGAAGGCAUUUGGUAUGGAACUUCUUCGCAGGAAAGACAAUCCUCAAUACAAGUAUACCAUUGCUAUGAUGGGAUAUGGCCCUGAAGACAAACAUGCUGUACUGGAGUUGACAUACAAUUAUGGUGUCAAGGAAUAUGAUAAAGGAAAUGCUUAUGCACAGAUUGCUAUUGGUACUGAUGAUGUCUACAAGACCGCGGAAGUCGUUAGACAAAACGGGGGACAAAUAACUCGUGAACCUGGUCCAUUACCUGGCAUUAGUACCAAGAUAACUGCCUGCACAGAUCCAGAUGGCUGGAAAUCAGUAUUUGUUGACAAUCUAGAUUUUCUCAAGGAGUUGGAAGAAUGAGUUUUCAGGAAGAUGUCAUCUUCGAACAGGUUUCAUUGGGCUUUUUCCUCGAGUUGCUAGCACCCCCCAAUGAAAUCUUGUAAAAGCCUCUAAGCGAGGUUUGUAGAUAGGUUGUCCAAUCUACUGUGUCAUCGCUGGUUGUUCAUAGAGAAUUAGGUUUGCUACUUCUUAUGAUGUAGAUGUGCAAUCCGUUUUGUUAGCGGAGUAAAAUUAUAUGUGCAUUUUAUUCUUCUGACAAGCCAGACAGUAUUCCCAGGUAUGCAUUUGUUCCUGCAUUCAGAAUUUGAGAUGAA